AUGUGUAAUCCACGCAGAAGUUCUAGAAAAAGAGAUAUAAAAAAUGAUGAUUCCAAUCAAAGAGUCAAUGAAUUUUUCAACCAACGCAAUUCCAAGGACUCUAGCUGUGAAAAUGAUAAAAAGUCACAAAAGAGCAAACAAACUUGGAAUAAUGUCAAGAGAAUGAGGAAAGAAUUUAGUAAAUUAAAUAAAAAAAAUAGAGGUAAAUUAAAUGUUUCCAUUGAGAUGGUCAAGAAAACUCAAAAUUUGAAACCAAACACAUCAUUAACUGCUUCUCAACAUGUUGUUAACAUAGAUGAGAAUACACCUGACAAUACCAAUAAAGAAAAUGAAAUUAUAGCUGUAAAUUCAAAUGAGAUCAGUUUUAAAGAUCAACAUGCAACUCCAUGUGAAGACAUGGAUGGAAUUGCAAAAGAAUUAAAUUUACCACAACUAACUGUCGUGCCUAAGUUAAAUAACAAUUCUGUAUCAAACAAGAGUAAUAAUUCUCAAGAUAAGGAUAUGAGCUACAAUAACAGUACAACAAAACAAAGAAUUUCUUCCACAACAAAAAAACAGGAAUAUAUUAAUAAAACGAACCCUAGUUUAAUAGAAGUAAAUAGAAUGCCAUUCAUCAAGAAAAGUGCUUUAUGUCCCAAAAAUAUUCAAGUGACAUGUGACAAUGUGCCUAAUACUCCUCCACAGGAAACAAUUCCUGAUAGCUCUGACGAUAUUGAAAUUUCAAUUAAAAUAGGAUCUACAAUUACAAAUAUAUUAAUAAAAAAGAAAAAUGAUGUUCAGGUUAAAAUAAAUAAUGAUCGUGAAGUACAAACUUCAUUAGGUCCACACAAUUUGGAUCGAAAUCAGACCUCAGUAAAGGAUAAUGGUCUUCAUAAUAUAGAGAUAAGUAUAAGUAAAGCUGACAGCCAAGAGGCUCAAGUAAAUAUUAAAGAGAGUGGAACAAUCCCAGCAGCAGCAGAUAAAUCUACCACAGAAAAGAAAAAUACUGCUUCAGCAGAUACAGCUACUGUACAGUUUGAAAUAACUGAAAGUGUUGAAAAAGAGUUGUCAAAUGUAAUGGAAUAUGAGACUGUAGAGGGACAAAAAGAAACAUUCAGAAACGUAAAUAAUGUAUCUGAAAUACAGCAUGUUGACACAGCUGCAACUGGACAAGAGAAUCAGGCAAACUUUGAGGAUCUAAAUGAUUUAGAUAUAUUUACUGGUUCAGUUAAGGAAGCAAAUGUUCAUAUUAUACAAAAACAUGCACCUUCAGAAAUACUAAUAUCAACUGUUGGUAAUAAAGUAAAAACUCAGAAAAAUGCUGAGAAAAGAAAUAGGGAAAUAACAGAGGACGAAGUUUUACCGAAAAGUAAAAAAGUUAAAGUAACAAUACAACAAACAGGGAAUGACAAAAAUACUCCACCUGACAGUGAACCUGUUAACUAUGAUGUCAUUAUGGGGCAAGUCUUUGCCAGCAUUGAUGCUGACAUGGAAGAAAUACGGAAAAGUCAGGAUUUGCAAAGUAUUAAACACAUAGAAAAUAAUGAAACAAAAUCAGAUGCACACAAGAAUAAAGGUCUGUCUCAAGCACAGAAAACACAAAUGAUCAAACAUGCAAGUCAAAUACCAAACACAAAUAGUCAAGUGCCGACAAAAAAAUUGCCAGAGUGUAUAAAUGAGAAACACAGUGAAAAUAUAUUUAGCAUUUUGGAAAAAGAUGAUGACCAUUUGGAAGCAUCUACAGAUGAAAAAAUGCCCCAACAAGUAGAAGAAUUGUUAACACCAGUUGUAUGUGAGCAUUUAGAUUCUUUACAAGAUAGCGAUGAACCAGUACAGAAAACAAAUAAAUCAGUCAAAGGAUCAGAGAACUUUGAUGAUUCUGACAGAAGUGUUGUUGAAGAAACCCCUCAAAAGGAUCUGUCCUUCUUGAAAGUAAAGAGGACCAGCACUUUAAAUUUAUCACAGAUGGCUUUGUGUGAGACCAAGAAGAUUCCAUCCAAAGCGUCUGACCAAAGCAUCAAAAGUAUCAUCACUUUAACAGACACAGAGAGAGAAUCUAACGAUAGCAAUAAGGAUGUGACUUUAGUUGACCCAGUAGGAAAAAAACUAACAUUAGAAACUCCUCUCACUAUAACUAAAUUUGCUGACCAUAUUAUACAUAAAUCUACGCCGGUAGCAAGAAAGUCACUCAAUUUUGAUAAUGAGAAUGAAGAUAAUGACCCCGAACAGACACUUUGUUCAACAUCGGACAUAAUUGCUAAAACUACACAAGAAAAAGAAAUUAUGAGUAAAGCAUUUGAGAGCACACCAACAACACCUGCUGCCAGACCACUGCUAGCUAGAAAUAUGUCAAAAGCAAUCAAAAAGUUUUGUUUGGCUGCUUCUCGCUUGACAUCAGAUGAAAUUAGUAAAGUGAAAAUAGUCUGCGCUCAACUGAAAUGGAAAUAUGUCGACAAUUAUACAAAAGAUAUAACACAUUUAGUAGUCAGUGUUGAUGAAGAAAAUAAAUCACAGAGAUCGGUUAAGUACAUGUGUGCACUCGCUGAUUCUAAAUGGAUUGUGUCAUUUGCGUGGAUAGAACGUUGUCUAAGAACGAAAAGCGCUGUUGAUGAGGAAUAUUUUGAAGCUCUAGAUAGUUUUGGUGAACCAGGACCUAGGCGCUCACGCAUUGCUAAGCAAAAAUUAUUUCAAGGCAUUAAGUUUUACUGUAUGCCGCCUUUCAGCGUCCUCGAUGUUAGUACUUUGAAGGACAUGUUAACGGCCGCUGGCGGCCACGUUGUGAAAGAGAUUAAAGACGUACGAGUGGCGAAAGACAGUACUCAGCCUGCUUUACUAUUAGCUGAACCAGAAAAUACACAAGAAGACCGUUUUAUAUAUCUUGCAAUGGAACACAGUUUGGUACCAGUAAACUUUGAAUGGGUUCUCAAUUGUCUUGGAAGUUACUCAUUGGGAUCUAUUCAAGAACUAUUAUUGUGUCCGUCUUCUCUCCUUCCUGAAGCGACUGCUCGCUGGCCUGAAGUGUUACUCGCUCAAGAUUAUGAAUAA